AUGUCCUGCUAUUCCCUCGUCGUUUCUGCCAGUCCUGCUCACUCUAUCCACCUGUGUGUUCGUACCACAAUUCUCCUCUUUGUCGGUAUGCGUCCGGAGGUUGUGAACGUGUCUGACUUUGCCAUGCCACUAGCACCGCUUCCAUGUGUAUGCCGUUUCGGACACACCGUCCAGUGGGCCCACCUGCACAUCGGACAAGGGAAGGGAGGGAGCGAGGUUUUCCCAAUCCAUCGUCACCUGCGUCCCACUUUGCCCUAUCUGCGGCAGGGUAGCAACGACAGGUGUGUCGCCGCAUUUAAUUUUCAUCGCCGCCAGUCGCUGCAUCACCUCGUCUGCCCAGUCCGCAAUCCUGGUCACAGGCUUUAUAGCCUUGCAGCCUUGACAAGGCGUGAGGCUGUUUCAGGUGAUGGUGUGGUUGACAUGUGUUUCGUGGGCAAGGCCUCGGGUGCCUCGGUGACUAGACCGGCUUAG